AUGGGCCCCUAUAUACCGCCUCCUCAUGCUGCUGCCAAGCCCCUAAUCUGCCAUGGGCCCCUAUAUACCGCUGCUCCUCAUUGCUGCUGCCAAGUUCAGAGUCUGUCAUGGGUUCCCAGUACGGCCUCCAUUGCUGCUGUUCUCCAUCGCCACACCUCUGACAUGUGCCACUUUCAGGUCUCCUCAACACUGCUGGGUGUGUUGAAUUUUUUGACAUAGGGUGCUGGCAGAUUACGGGCCUCCUAUAGCUGCUGCCAGGCACCUAAUCUGCCCAUAUGCCCCUAUAUACCGCCUCCUCAGUGCUGUGCCAAGUCCAGAGUCUGUCAUGGGUCCUGUUCGGCCUCCCAUUGCUGCUGUACACGGUAAUCUGGUAAUCGCCACACUCAUUGCCAUGUGACCCCCACUUUUCAGGUCUCCUACACACAUUGUGCUGCAGGUGUGUUGAAUUUUUUGACAUAGGGUGCUUGGCAGAUUUA